AAGGUGUCCGCUUCAAACUCCGAUCCAAAAAGAAACAAUCCUGCACACCUACUUCAUUUGUAUUAAAAACCAACAUAAACCCAGAUAGAAUAGGAAUCUUGUCCUCACCAUCAGAAGACAGAAAAUGGGGUCGGAGAUCAACUCCAAUCAGGGUAAGGAGAAGGAGAAGAAGACGAAGCUGAUCGUCUGUGGUGGUGCCGGAUUUGAAAUCGGAAAACUGGUUGUGUUGGGUGGAGCCUUAGCUGCUGGAGCUCUGAUUGCAGCUCUUACGAACAAAGCGAGAAAAAGGAGACUCAGAACCACCACUCCAACGCAAAAAUCCAUCGAAGACCAAUCAAAACCUACUGAUCUGACAAAAACAUUAAAGAACGGCAGCCAUUGCAGCUGUGCAGGAGGUGGAAAUGAAGGCCUCCGUUCUCUUCUUCCAACUCCAUCCCAGUCGAUUGAAUGCCAACAUAACUGCUGCUGCUACUGCGAUGAUGGAUUAUCAAAAAUUGAUUCAACCCAUAUCAAUUUUUCUCAACUUGUGGUGGUUCAAAGUCUGAUAUUGGAUGCAAACGUGAACAACUCAAAGGAGGAGACAGAUAAGAACAUACCAGCGUUCGAGUUCGAUGAUUAUAAUAUCAACAAGGCUGAAACUCCCGUCAGCGCCAUAGAAGCAUUACAAUUGCUGAACGAUGGCACCUGCCCACUCAAACAGGAAGACAGAGAUCAAGCUGAUAAUGUCGGGGGCUCACCUACUGUAGAUGGAAGCUCAUCAGAGAAGUCCAAUGGCGAGGGAGAAGCUGAUGAAUCUUUCGAGGAAGAAGAGGAAGGUUCCGAAGUAACACCAGACUCUUCCGUGGAAUCCAGCGCUGAGGCUGUUUGGCCGGCUGAGUCAAUUGAAGCAGAGAUGUUGGACUUAAAAGAGAAUAAGGCUGACUAUAUAGAAUCAGAUUCAGCUGAGAAAAAUGGCGAAGGUGCUAAGAAAGCAAGCAGAGUGAAAGAUGGUGAGGAGUAUGAGAUCAUAGGGAGACCGACGGAGAUUCUGGAUCAGAUGGAUGAUAUGGAGUUUAACAUGGCUGAUCAUCCAUCAUUGAGCGCAUCAUCAAGAUCAAGGUUCUUACUAUGCUUAACGAAGCUAGUGGUGCUGCUGAUGAUUUCACUCGCCAUUACAUCGCUAAGUCUAAUCAUUUCCCUUACAUUUAUGACAUGAUUUCCUCUCAUCCUAUUAAGAAGCAUCAUAUUGAAGAGGGCA